GCUUUUAGGACUGGAACAGUGCACAUGGUAGGUGCUUAGAAGAUGUUUGUGUAUAUAUGUAAAUAGGGAAUUUUGUAACUUUGGAAUUUGUUUUUUUUUUUGCUGCACAUUUUGGAUGGAUUAUACAAUAAAGAGCAUCACCUUAAAAAGGAAACCAGCUGACUAGUCCAUAAUUUAUUUUAAAGGACAGAGCCCACGACAUAUGGUGUCAGAAGUGGGAUUAUGGCUAGUCGAAGGAAGCAAAAAGGUCGCAGAUCACAUAAAUAUGAAGAGGAAGACUUUGCUGCUGCAAGGCCGGGGUCAUCGGGGAACCCAGAUGAAGUAUCUUCCAGUCGACCUCUGGGUGAGCUGGUGUCUAUACUGAAAGACUUUUUUGUGGGACAGCAGAAGAGAGAUGAGGGCUUAUUGGAGGAGCUGCGUGGACUGAAGGCAGCUAUGCCAGGAGCCCAGUCCUCUCCACAGCAAGGUCGAAGACCACCUCCAGGAUCUCAGCCCCCACAGCUUCCCCUGGCAUCACUCUCUCCAGACGAGAUAGCAACGGCAAGUAUGGACAGUGUACGGCGAGGUCAACCAAACCAGGGUAUACCAGAGGCUUUCUCCUUCGACCACGCUGACACGGAGGAGGAACGAAGACCAGAAUGGAGACAUUUUAGUGAUCCUAAGAGUCUCCCUUACCAAACUGGCGAGGACAUUGAGAACUACCUCCUGAGAUUCGAGCGCAUCGCAAAAACAUGGCGGUGGCCAGAGUCAGAGUGGGCAUGUCGGCUGGUGCCACUUCUCUCUGGAAAGGCGCUUGAAGCUUAUUCGGCAAUGGAUGAGGACGACGCGAAUGAUUAUCGGUCGCUGAAGGCGGCGCUGCUCAUCAAAUUUGACAUUUCUCCAGAGACGUACCGCCAGCGUUUCCGGAUUUCGACUGUGCCUACCGGGGAAACGCCAACCGAGACUUAUCAUCGCCUUAAGGGACUUUACCGACGCUGGGUUCGACCGGAUCAACUGUCCAAGGAGGCCAUCGGAGAGCUGAUCAUUCUGGAGCAGCUGCUGUGUGUCCUUUCUCCAGACAUCAGGACCUGGGUCAAGGAGCGCGAACCGGAGGAUGGUCUUACAGCUGCAAAAUUGGCUUUGCAGUAUCAGAACGCCCAUCGGGGAAUUUCGCGCUUCUCCAGUUCCAGUCAGCGUCUACCACCAGGACCUCCAGGACCGUCUGCACCACAGCGACACUUCAGAGGAGUAGCCAGCCAGGACAACAGAGGUAUUCCCAGUUCUACCACAUUCCAGCCAGCUCCUGGUAAGACUAUGAUCUGCUUCUAUUGUCAGCAGUCUGGACAUAAAGCGUCAGUGUGUCCGAUGCGUAAGGCUAAACUCACAGGGGCCUGUUAUGCUCCUCGUCCUGAAAUUGAGCUAGUGGGGAGCCGACAAACGCAGGGAACGGAGAAACCAGUGGUGGUCAAUGGACAGCAAACUGUAGCAUUGUUAGACAGUGGUAGUUUUACCUCCCUGGUCAAGAGGAGUCUGGUUCCUGUGAGCACCAUAGACUAUAGUACCAAGACCGACAUUGUUUGCGUUCACGGGGAUUGUCACGUUUACCCAAAGUCAGAGAUCUCAGUUGAGAUCAAUGGACAACAGUAUCUGCUGACAGUAGCUGUAGUCGAUGAUCUACCAAAAGAUUUAAUUCUUGGGACUGAUUUUCCUCUGCUAAUGGACUUGUUGCAGGGGGGGAGAGGGCCGUUGGAUCUAUUGACUGCGGUAUGGACGUCACCGGACCCCAAAGCCAACGAACGAGGAGUUGUACAGUUUGUCCUCCAGAUGAGAGACCGGUUGGCUCAGUAUCGAGAAGAAGCAAAGGUCAAUCUAAAAGAGGCUCAGCAGAAACAGAAGCUGUGGUACGAUAAGCAGGCUCGGACUCGGAACUUUGAGCCGGGCCAAAAAGUUCUGCUUCUACUGCCCUCCUCCAAUAGUAAGCUUUUGGCCAAGUGGCAGGGUCCAUAUGUCGUCAUUCGACGCAUGGGACCUGUAACCUAUGAGAUCCACCACCCCGAGAGAAAGAGGGCUAAACAAACGUACCAUGUCAAUCUGUUAAAGGAAUGGAAGGAGCGGGCUGUGUCUGGCCCUGCCCUCCUGCCCCAGGGUGUGGAGGAGGUGGACAAAGAGGAUGGUCCAGAUGUAAGACUUAUUGCUGAAGUGGAGGGUGACCUUGACCUAUCCCACCUCGUUGAGGAGCUAGUCGUAGAGCUUCGACAGCUCUUUGCUGAAAUGCCCUCUUUGUUCUCUGCGACGCCUGGAAAGACAAGGGUGAUCGAACACACUAUCCGACUUAAAGAUACUCGUCCUUUCCGCCAACGGCCCUAUCGUGUGCCUCAAAAGUUGGUGGGGCAGCUGCAGAAAGAAAUUGAGGCCAUGUUGCAGCUGGGCGUGAUUGAGCCAUCUAACUCUGAAUGGUGCAGCCCAGUUGUGAUAGUGUACAAGAAGGAUGGGACACUGCGGAUUUGUAUUGACUUCCGUAAGCUCAACUCAGUUUCAGAGUUUGACGCCUACCCCAUGCCCCGAAUUGACGAGCUGUUGGAACGCAUCGGAUCAGCGAGAUACAUCACAACUCUCGACCUAUGCAAAGGGUAUUGGCAGGUGCCUCUAGACCCCAGCAGCCGUCCUUAUACGGCCUUCCGUACUCCUGCAGGACUCUUCCAGUUUACGGUGAUGCCGUUUGGCCUCCACGGAGCACCUGCCACUUUCCAACGGCUCAUGGAUAAAGUUCUGCAAGGAUGCGAAGAGUGCAGUGCGGCAUAUUUAGAUGAUGUUGUGAUCUAUAGCCAGACAUGGGAGGCACACCUAGGUCACUUGAAGAAGGUCUUGGGGAAGAUCCAGAGUGCGGGCCUCACCCUGAACUUAAAGAAAUGUGAAUGGGUUCGAGAAGAAGUGAGGUACCUGGGCUACCAGCUUGGGCAGGGCAAGGGUGCAACCAAUGUGGUGGCUGACUACCUUUCUCGGUUGCCUUACAACCUUGGAGAGGGGGAGGAUGGUGUGACGGAGCAGCCCCGUCAGCCCACGCAGUAA